AUGAACGGACAUACCACAGAAAUAAUCGAUGUGCCGGUGGUCAUCGUUGGUGGAGGAGGCUGCGGCCUAUGUCUGUCUAUUUUCUUGUCGGACUACGGCAUUGAGCAUUAUGUUUUCGAAAAGCAUCCGGGAACAGCAAUUCUCCCUCGGGCUCAUUACAUCAACCAACGUUCCAUGGAAACCUUCCGUCAGCAUAAUAUUUCCGAGGCUUUGAAAUCCGUCGGGUGUCCUAUUCGAAAUAUGAGCCAGACGGACUGGCGCACCUCGCUAGGGGGUGAUGGCCCAUAUGAUGGACGGGUCAUCUGUUCGGUCCCCGCAUUUGGCGGAUCUCUCGGGUCACCGGAUUACGAGAUUUACAGAAGUCAUGGCCCUGAACUAUCUUCAAACCUGCCUUUGGUGAGGGCUGAGCCCAUCUUUCGAAAGAUUGCAGAGGAGCGAAACCCAGGCCGAGUUCGUUUUAGUCAUCGAGUCGUUGACUUUGUCGAGGACAAGGACCAUGUUCUGGUGACCGUUGAAGGCCCGGACGGCAAAGUGGAAGUCUUCCGUACCUUGUACCUCGUGGGAGCAGAUGGUGGGAAGUUUGUGGGCCCUAAAAUUGGAGCUCAGAUGGAGGGACCGAGAAAUCUCGUCGAGUUCCUCAGCAUUUACUUUCGCGCCGACUUGUCCCAGUACUGCGAUGACCGUACACUGAUCACUCAUUUCAUUAACCCGGAAGGAGAAAAGAUGGAGAGGUUCGAUUGUGGAGCGUUGGUCAAGAUGGGCCCUACCUGGGAUCGCCGUUGCGAGGAGUGGAUCCUGCAUUUCGGGGUUCCUGUCGACGAAAACCUACCACUGGAGGCAGAGACACUAGCCUCUCGUGGUCGACAGCUGUUAAAGAUCCCAGAUCUCAAAAUGGAUGUCAUCAAGGUCUCCCGGUGGGUUCUGGAGCGGACCCUCGUUUCAAAGUAUCAGGACGGGCGGAUAUUCCUCGCUGGAGACGCCGCGCAUAAACGCCCACCAACUACCGGACUUGGCCUCAAUACAGCCAUCGAAGAUUCUCUGAAUCUGGCAUGGAAACUCUCGUUUGUUUUAAGUGGCAAGGCUGACGCCUCCCUUCUUAAUACAUAUGAAGCCGAGCGUCGGCCAGUGGGGAAACGGAAUUGCGAUUGGGGUCUCUUCGCCUUCUCCAACUACCCCGUACUCCAAGCAAGCGUCGGGUUUCUUCCUGGAGAGAAGAAAUACAACCAAGAACGUUUAGCUCGUUUCUUUGAAGAUUCCCCAUCUGGAGAGACAGCUCGACACCAUCUUUCGCGAAUCUUUGAAACCCAAGACAUUGAAUUCUCUGCACACAACAUUGAGCUCGGAUUCUCGUAUGAGAGUGAGUCUGUGGCCCAAGACGGAUCUGCUAAGCCAAGGGAAGACCCCGGUGGAAGAGUAUACGUGCCAACAACGCGCCCUGGUCAUCGCUUGCCGCAUGCUUGGGUUGAGCGCGACCAUCAAACAGUAUCAACACACGACCUCAUUGGCAACGGUGGGGAUUAUGACUUGCUCUUGAUUACUGAUGAAUUGGGUGACCACUGGUCCAACGCUGCCCGAAACGUCACGGCGAAGUCUGCAAUUCGCAUUGUCGUAGCGGGCAUCAAAGCUCAUCGCCAUUGCCAGAAGCCUGGACUGUACCAGGAUUGUGAUGACAAUUGGAUCAAAGUUCGGGGCUUUGCGGAUGGGGGUGCGAUUCUCGUGCGCCCGGAUAACUUCAUCAUGUGGAGGAGUAUGGGUCCUUCCACCCAGAACGGGGAGGAACUGGUUGAAAUCUUGGGGAAGAUGUUGAAGUACUCCGACACACAGGAAUCUGUGUCAUCGAUGAAAGACUUUAUGCUCCUGGUUAUUUGA